CCUGUUGCUUUCUCUUUCUUUCACGCGGUUCUCGUGUGCGGUACAACCUUGUCUUUAAACCAGCUGUUUAGCGAUCCUUGGAAGCACUGCAAAGAUGCCCAGGGAAGACAGGGCCACGUGGAAGUCCAACUAUUUCUUGAAAAUCAUUCAACUUCUGGAUGAUUACCCAAAAUGUUUCAUUGUGGGUGCAGACAAUGUGGGCUCCAAGCAGAUGCAGACCAUUCGUCUGUCUCUGCGUGGCAAAGCAGUGGUGCUGAUGGGUAAAAACACCAUGAUGCGCAAAGCCAUCCGUGGCCACCUUGAGAACAAUCCUGCUCUGGAGAAGCUCCUACCUCACAUUAAAGGAAAUGUGGGCUUUGUCUUUACCAAAGAGGACCUGGCUGAGGUCAGAGAUAUGCUGCUGGCCAACAAGGUGCCAGCAGCUGCCCGAGCUGGAGCCAUCGCUCCCUGUGAGGUCAUGGUGCCAGCCCAGAACACUGGUCUGGGUCCUGAGAAAACCUCUUUCUUUCAGGCUCUCGGUAUAACCACCAAGAUCUCCAAGGGCACCAUUGAAAUCUUGAGCGACGUCAAUCUGAUCAAGACUGGCGACAAGGUUGGUGCCAGCGAGGCCACACUGCUCAACAUGCUGAAUAUCUCACCAUUCUCCUUCGGACUCAUCAUCCAGCAGGUGUAUGACAACGGCAGCGUUUACAGUCCUGAGGUGCUCGACAUCACAGAGGCUGCUCUGCAUGCCAGGUUCCUGGAGGGUGUGCGAAACAUUGCUAGUGUGUGUCUGGAGAUUGGAUACCCCACUUUGGCUUCUGUCCCGCACUCCGUCAUCAAUGGCUACAAGCGAGUCCUGGGUGUUGCUGUGGAGAUGGACUAUUCCUUCCCUCUGGCAGACAAGGUUAAAGCCUACCUGGCUGACCCAUCUGCCUUUGCUUCAGUGGCAGCACCGGCAGCAGCUGCUGAGACGGCAGCAGCUCCAGCUGCUACUAAGGAGGAAGUUAAAGAGGAGUCUGAAGAAUCAGAUGACGACAUGGGCUUUGGCCUAUUCGACUAAUACGCAUACGGCCAGCAGAACUGUUACUGGCUCACAUAAGAUGGUCAGCAUGAUCUAAUAAAGUCCCUGAUUGGCUCAA